UGAGCCUUGUCUUCUACAGUACAGUGCAGGUGUAGUGAAUGAGAGAGGAGUCUUCGCCUUUCUGUCUACAGACUGUAUUAUGGAAUUUCCCCUCUGGAAGAGCUACCCAGCCUUUGCAUUCAUCCUAUCCCUUAUUGCUGUGCCCUGUUGCCAUGGUGGCAAGAUCCUGGUGUUCCCAUUGGAUGGCAGCCAUUGGGUGAACAUGAACAUCCUCAUUGAGGAACUGCAUGGGCGUGGUCAUGACAUCACAGUGGUGCACUCCAAAACAAGCUGGUACAUCAAAGAGAAAUCACCCCAUUACACUUCCAUCACUGUCACUCUACCUGAAGGCUUGAGCAUCGAGAGUGAAGACUUCAUGGCCUCAUUCUUGAGGAAAAUGCUGGAGAUCCGACGAGGAAAGGGGUCCCUGCAGGCUUUCAUGGCCAUGAACACUGAUUUUUCUGAUCUCUCAAACGUUCACAGAGGAGAAUGCCAGAUGGUGGUAACUAUGUUUGAGGAUCAACAGUUAAUGAAGAAGCUCCAGGAUGUCCACUUUGAUUUGGUUCUCACAGAUCCUUGUUUGGCUGGAGGAGUUUUGCUGGCCCACUAUCUUAAACUGCCUGUGGUAUUCAAUGUCCGUUGGCUUCCAAGUGGGGAGGCUCAUUUUGCCAUUGCUCCCUCUCCUCUCUCCUACGUCCCGAUUACAGGAACAGAGCUAUCUGACCAAAUGGACCUCAUUCAAAGAGCCCGGAACAUGCUCCAAUACAGCAUCAACCUCUAUGUAGACAAAUAUGUGGUUAGCCCCCAUUACGAUGCUCUGUGUGCUCGUUACUUUGGCCCAGGUGUAGACCUCUACAGUCUCAUCCAGUCUGCAGACCUUUGGCUUAUGAGGGUCAACUUUGUCUUUGAAUUCCCACGCCCCACUAUGCCCAACAUUGUCUACAUAGGCGGCUUCCAAUGCAAACCUGCCAAGCCCCUACCACAAGACCUAGAGGAGUUUAUGGAAAGCUCUGGAGAGCACGGUGUGGUUGUCAUGUCCUUGGGAACUCUGGUAAACGGUCUUCCAAGUGAGCUAACAGAUAAGAUAGCCUACGCUUUCUCACAGCUCCCUCAGAAAGUCAUCUGGAGGCAUUUGGGAGAAAGACCUUCUAGCUUGGGCAACAACACCCUCCUGGUCAAAUGGCUACCCCAGAAUGAUCUCCUGGGACACCCCAAGACAAGAGCUUUUGUGGCGCAUGGGGGCACCAACGGGGUGUAUGAGGCCAUUUACCAUGGCGUGCCAAUAGUAGGCCUACCACUGCUCUUUGACCAGUUUGACAACCUCCUCAGGAUGCAGGUGCGAGGGGCAGCCAAGGUCCUGGAAGUCACCACCCUGGGCAGCAAGGACUUCCUCCAGGCCCUGAAGGAGGUACUUGAGGAGCCUUCCUAUCAGAUGAACAUGAAUAGGCUCUCCAGCCUCCAGCGAGACCAGCCUAUCAAACCAAUGGACAGCGCCCUCUUCUGGAUCGAGUAUGUCAUGAGGAACAAAGGUGCUGCUCACCUGCGCACAGAGUCCUACAGAAUGCCCUGGUACGCCUACUACUGUGUGGAUGUUAUAGUGGUCUUGCUGGCUGCUGUGUUAGUCUUCAUGGCAGCUAUCAUAGGCAUUGUCAGAUUUAUGUGCUGCAGGGUUUGUAAGAAAAGAAAAAUAAAGCAUGAGUAAAAUAAUCUAGCUUUACAGCAUUCCCUAUUUUUUUAUAGUGCACUUAAACAAACCCCGUCUAUGUUUUUGGCUUCUGCUCACGACCCCAGUUAGACACACAGUGGCCGUGCCCUUAGUUCACUCACCCUGGUUACACACACAGUGGUCAAGGUUCGCUCACCCUGGUUACACACACACACAGUGGUGAGAGUUCAUUGCCAGUUCACAAACUCUUACCUCCAGCGUGCUGUGAACAAAGAACUAGCUUUCCAGCUCCCUUUUAAAAUAAAUCAAUUAAUGCCUGGCCACAUUUCACACCAUUACAUUGACCAAUUGUAAUUGCCCAAACCCUGCUGUCCGUUAGUGGUGCAGCUUGGGCAACGUAAGCAGCAAUGACAUCCAUGAGCCGUACCAUCUGGGUUCAACCAUGAUAGCUGGUGACAGCAAUCAGAACGUGGCCGUCUUUUGACCAUUUUAAAUCCCCUAAAAGCCUGUCACCAGUACAUUCUGUAAAAUACACUUGUGUCAAUUCAGGUGGGGUUUAUUAUUACUAUUUUAGUGGCAAAACUGUACAUUUGAGGUUUAUUGUACCUGUGUGAUGGUGGCACCAGCAGGAUAUUCAUCCAGUUCAUCAUUACCACAUGGAAGAUCUCCUAUCUUUCUUCAUUUUUGCCUGCUUUGCAUGGUAAAGAAUCAAGGUGAAAAAUACACGUGCAAAACAAUGAGAACAACUUUAUAUUUAAAAAAUAACAUUCAAGUAUGUUAAUUUACCAGUGUUCAGUUACCUGUUUUCUUUAUUAGUAUAAUUAGUAUAAACAAUGCAGCAAAAUUACAGAGGGGUUAGGGCAGCGAAUGUAUCUCUUAUCUCACCUCCACACACAGUGAAACCACAUUAUCCAUACAGUUAAGUACAACCAUAGUUAAUGUCGCCAUCUAAUGGUUGGCAUACUGUAUGACAAACAGAAGCUCCAAUAAAACAGAAUGUCACAGCAAGCAUUUCAUAUAUUAGGGCCAAAAAUGUUGCUAAUUGUUUUUUAAUAAUAAAAGGCUUGAAAAUAAAGAUGUAUUUAUCGUACACUUUUUGGCCAACUUACACAUUUCAAUGGUGUGCUGGUUUGUUGUGUUAAUUGUUGGGCGGCAGUGUGGAGUAGUGGUUAAGGCUCUGGACUCUUGACCGGAGGGUCGUGGGUUCAAUCCCAGGUGGGGGUUGCUGCUGCUGUACCCUUGAGCAAGGUACUUUACCUAGAUUGCUCUAGUAAAAACCCAGCUGUAUAAAUGGGUAAUUGUAUGUAAAAAAAAAUGUGAUAUUUUGUAACAAUUGUAAGUC